AUGAGUACAGCGAUUAAGUCUUCUGAUGUCAAUGGCGAUAAUGAUGAUGACAAGCCGACCAAUACUGGGCCAAAGGAUACAUGCCUCUGUCUUCGACGGUUAGCCCGCAUUAUACUAAUGCUCGUCGGGGCCGUGAUGACCAUUUACGUCUGUAUAUUAUCCUCGGAGCGCUACUUCAAGUACUGGGUUCAGACCACAAUCGAUCGCACAGAUGUUCACGUGUCAGAGAUUGCCUUUCCAGCCAUCACCAUUUGUCCCACGCACUUAACCCUUAACAGUCUCAAUAACACAGAAAAAAAUAGCAGAAAGCAGCGGCUACAUAGACUCUAUAAUCUAGUGCAGAGCAUUCGUUGGCGCACCCCAGCAGAUGACCAGGCCGCACAGCUGGAAUUUAACGAAUUCGAAGAGUUUAAUAACCAAACAUUGCUUAAUGUUGAUAGCAUCUUUAACUAUGGUUACAGCUGCAAGGAUCUAUUUGUGCAGUGCAUGUGGCGACGCCGAGAGGUAGAUUGCUGCAGCAUGCUAUUUAGAAACUUGAAGAUCGGCUCCUGUUAUGUAUUCAACUCAAUACAUGCCGAAGAUCCCGAUCCUACAUGGCCCUGGUCAGUGGGCGAUGCUGGUUUCAAAAGUGCCCUAAAUAUCAAGAUCAAUCGUUAUAUACAUGACAUCAGGCUGGAGGCCAUUGGGGUCAUCGUACAAGAGCCAAGUCAGUAUGUGGGCUCCAGUGUCACUUAUUCCUCGGAUGAUCGCAUUGUAGUGGCUCUGCAGCCGAUACAUUUUACAGCCGAGCCGGCCGUGAAGGCACGCCCAGUGCAUAUGCGCUAUUGUUAUUUUACGGAGGAGCUAAUUAAAUCGUAUUCGCAAUGCAUAAUCGAAUGCCAUCUACACUACAUAUCAAAGAAGUGUGAAUGUGGCCAUAGCCUUGUACCAGAGAGUAUUUAUCUGCUGACGGAGGAGCCGAUCCGCACAUGUACAGUGGCCGAUUUGCCGUGCAUGCAAAAACAUGGAGUGUCGCUGUUUUACAUGGGCAACAUAAUUGAGGAGUCCACAGACAAUGUCUUUAAUACCACCGACUGCAAGUGCUAUCCCAACUGUACUCAUACUCAGUAUCAUGCCGCCACAUUCACGGAUCGUCUGAGCAGCAUGGAAAGCAAGAAUAACUUUAUAGAAGUUGACGUCUUCUUUCAGGAGGAGACACUUUUUUCCUACCGCUCCACACUGCACAUAACAAUGCUCGACUUGAUGGUUUCUUAUGGUGGCAUAGCAGGUUUGUUCCUGGGUCUUUCAGUACUCGGGGCCAUUAAUAGCCUGUUGGAUCGAAUUCCUUGUUGCAGCAAGCCCAUACAACAACCCAUUAAACCUGAUCGCGAGGCUCAUAUGGUCUCACGUUUCUUUACCUGCAACAACAACACAUGA